UAGAAGUGUGCAUAGAAUAAUUGUGUAUAUUAUAUAUAUCAGUGAUAAGGCCACGUUGGUAUAAACCUUACUUUAACAUAUAGUCAACUUUCUUGACUCAAAACACGUGUUCUCCCAAAUGUCAACAAGGUCCACCAUGAUAUUUAGUUGUUCUAAUGUAACGUAAUUUUAAGAAUGUGACGAUGUUUAAGUAUAGGGUGGUGGCUUAGCACAGCAGUAUGGCAGCGCGUGCACAAUCUGUUGUGAACUGUACGGAACAAAAAAGGCCUGACAACGUCGACUAUUCAGCCCGAAAUGGAAGUACGGAUUUUAAAUGCGGAACGUCAGAUGAACGUUGUAUUGAAGAGGUCAGUGGAAAUGGAAUAAAUAAUAAUGUCAAAUCAACAAAUAUCAAUAACAUUGGGAACCAAAACAGAGAGAUGAUAAUGGAAAGCUACCAAGAUGGAACUGGUACUGAAAUGUCCACCGGUAGACCUAGGCCUGGGAGUGGUAAUGGAAAUCAUGAACAGCUUUCUUUUCCAGCAAAUCUUGAAAGGCACCGUAUGAAUUUCGAAUGUCAUGGUUUGAAUCAGAAUUCUAGAAAUACCAUUGCAACUAGUGACGAAUUCAGAAGUGUACAAGAAAAUACUAACUCUGUUUCACUCGUUGGAUAUAAUGCCAGUGGAGUGUACACUACGGACCGUGGCAGCUACUUGCAGGAACAACAUGGCGGAUCGGGUAUGUCGGGGAACAUUAAUGUUAGUGAUGUUAUGAGUGGAAACACGCAGCAGAAUAAAAUAUAUUCACAAUAUAAUCCAGCACAGGGUAGGUUUCCCCAACUGCAGAGGGUUAACAUGGGCCCUCCCCAAAGACCAGGAAAUGCCUCGAUGAUGGUAAGUUAUGGAAAUAACUCAUUACCUCAAGUUCAACAGCAGCAACAACGUUUUCUGUCAGGUCAAAGCAUAAGUCAACAGGGUGGACCAACUCCUACACUAAACCAGCUUUUACAAGCUCCAAAUACCUUUCAGAGAUAUCAGAAUAAUUUUGGGGACUAUAACUCUGUCAAUACAAUGACAAAAGGGCUACCUGUUGAUGUUAACAGCUCAAACUCACCUCAAUUUGUUGGCAAUAACCGAAGUAAUGUGAUUCCUCAAGCUCAAGGGUGGGGAAGUGUUAGAAGUCCAAACCCAUACCAUGCUCAGAUGUCAAAUACAACUUAUAGAAACCAGGGACCUCCACUUUCCGAACCAAGUGCUAAAAGAUUAUUCCUGGCACCUGGUCAGCAGGGAAUUAAUGCUCCACCAUCCCCUGGUCAGCUUGGUCAGUCGUAUCCUCCUCGAUUAUUUAGCCCUUCGCAGUCUCAAGGAUCAACGGCCAGAAAUACGAACCCAAACUUUCCUCAGCAAGUUGUGAGUCAACUUAACACACAGCAAAAUCCUCAAGCCAGAGGAUUUGAACAACGACCAUCUUCUCAACAAGGCAGCUAUCAGCACCAGGACGCAGCGACUGUCCUUGAUGAACUACAGCCUGACCCUAACGAAAGAAAAAGUGGCAGCACCACCCCCGUCCUGAGGACUCCUAGUACCCCGCCCUCUUCACAAAGUCAAGGGGUGUCUCCCCUCAGACCGGCCCCGUCGCCCACGGGAUCAUCGACGGGGUCGCGGUCAUUGUCUCCUGCUGUCGGAAAUCAACCCAAUCUUCCCAUGCCCCCUAGGCCAGCCUCAGGUCAGUCAGAUAGUGGGACUUCAAAUCACAUGAACCCGUCACCAAUGGCAACGCAAGGUUUUAGUCAGCAGAUGGCACCACCACCCAUGUUUGGAAAUAAGAUGACACCAGAAGGAAUGGGAACAGCCAGUCAGAUGGGGCCUUAUUCACAACAACCUGGUCACUAUCCACAAGGUAACUAUCAUCGUCCACCAGGUUCCAUGGGAAUGCAACAGUAUGGAAGCCAUGUUCAGUCAAAUUAUAGUGGACCGGGAGGUCCAACCGGCUUCCCCGGUUCUGGAGGAAUGAUUCGGAUGGUGAACCAUGCUGGGUCGCAGGGCUACAAGAAUCCCUCUGGUAGCAAUUUCAUGAAUUCCCACUAUGGAAACAAUGCUUCACCUCCUGCAACAUACAUGAUGAACAAUGCUAUGCCUCCUCCUAACCAGUAUACAAAAGUUUCUAUGACAGCAGGUGGAGCUCACGCUGCUGCCCAAGCUGCUCUGAUGGCAGCAGCUAACUCUACGGGACCCAGGCCAUCUCCAACUUUACGACAGCAUCUCCAACACAAGAUCUAUGGAAACAGUGGGUUCAGCAAUAUGCAGGCUCUUCCACAGAAUCAAGCAGGUGUUCCCAUUCCACCCAGCAGUAGCCCCGUGGGCUCGCAGAAUAUGACCCAUUCUAUGGGACCUCCUCAAGCUCCAAUACCAUGUACAUCCACAUCACCAUCUACCGGAAACAUUCCAGCCAGCCAAGAACAUUCUCCAGUAGUAGCACCUUGUGCUAGUCCCCAUUCUCAGCUGCCACCACUAAACAGGUCGUCGCCAAUGUCAUCUCGUGUGCCAACUCCAUCAAGUGGAAAUGACCCAUCAAAUGUAGCAUCGUCUGUGGCUGCAGGUUUCACCCAGACCUCUGCUCCUUCUAUAGCUCAAACUACCAUGGUGACUCAGAGCAUCAGCACUCCUGUUUCAUCUAUCAUGACUGCUGGUACAGCUGUCAUCCCAACAGAAGUCCAGCUACAACAGCAGCCAGGUAGUAUUCAGGUACAUCAUCACCAGUACCACCACCAGCUUCUUCAGCAAAGCAAAAUGGCUCUGGGAUCUAACCCUCCUUUAGUUAUGGACGAAGGAAGUCAGUUGUCUAAUGCUUCUGGGUCUUCCUCCUUACCGGAGGAGCGGUCAGAGACACCAAAACCAAACAGCAAACAGACUCUGUCGCACCCUCCAACACCUAACACCGUACCUUCUCCUGGUACAGCUUCUAUGUCUUCAUUCCACGAUGAGUUUGAGGUAGCAACUAGUCCUACUUGGCCAAGGACCCCGGCCAGUCCGAUGGUAAACAACCAGACAUAUGACCACCCCAUUGUUAAGAUCUCAGUAAGAAUUCUGUAUGAUUUGUCUGCUGAUCCUGACAGAAAACCAUUCCUAGAUAGACUUGUACUGUUCAGUCAAGACAGAGGAACUCCUUUAACCCAGUGUCCAGCUAUUUGCAAACAACCUCUAGAUCUAUACAGGUUGUAUCUGUCAGUGAAGGAAAGAGGAGGCUUUGAAGAGGUCACAAAGUCCAAGAACUGGAAGGACGUGGCAGGGUCAAUAGGCAUUGGAGCAUCGUCCAGUGCUGCAUACACUUUAAGGAAACAGUACAUUAAGCACCUCUUACCUUAUGAGUGCAAGUUUGACCGAGGAGGAGUCGAUCCGCUGCCAAUCAUCCAGCAAGUUGAAGCUGCUUCAAAAAAGAAGAGCAAAAAUGCUGCAAAUAAUUCAAAUACUAAUACUCAGGAACACUUCCCUCAUCCAGCACCAAAUAGCCAGACCGUGGAUGGUUAUCACCCAGGAGGGUAUCCUGGUUCUUAUCAUCCUGGAGCUUCCCCUCACAUGAGGGUAGGGGGCAUGCCUAACUCUGAUUACCCUACUUCAGUACAGGGUCAGCACCCACAUUAUCCUCAGCCUACACCCCAACACAGCCAUAUACCAAACCAUAUCGGACCGAUGGGUCCUGAAGGUGCCAUCCCUAAUGCUCAGUAUUCUCGCCAUCCGACUGCUGAAUCUUAUGGCUACAUGCAAGCACCAGUCAACAACACGGGUCCUCCAUAUAGUGGCACCCAGUCUGCAAUGAGUGGUGGUACUUAUGGGUUUAGUGGUGCUCCCCAGCCUCAUCCAGAGCAGUUUCCUCCCCAGGCUACCAUGAUGACUUCAGAUGGUAACUACAUGAACAGAAAUGACACUUACAGUCUUCCACCAGCUGGUUUCCCACCAAGUAGAACUGCCACUCAGCUGCCACUGCAACCGUUUUCUCCUUAUCAAGCUCCUUAUGACAGAGAAAGGUUCGACCAACAGCAGCAGACUCCAGUAACUGGACCUCCAUCUCAGGUUUGUCCCUCACAGAAUGAUACAAGUCUGUUUCCUGCACAGCAACGAUAUCCUUCUCAACAAGUGAUGGUAACGUCGAGGGAGACCGUACCUACACAGCCACCUUAUCAGAGUCGUAUGUCUUCAGCUCCUGGUGUCCACCCUGGCCAAUUUCCAACAGUUAGUGUCCCUCAAUCUCCUGGUCAAAACCAGUAUCCCCAGGGACAGCAAGAGGGAUAUCGUGCUCCUGAAGUUCACAGUAAUUACCAGAGUUCAUUGUCCCAGAUGCAGUCUGCUCUAGCUCAAAGAAUACUACCAAAAGUAGCCCAGCAAAUCUUAUCACAAAACACUCAGGGUUAUCCACCAACACAGCCGGCAACUUACAACCAUGGUGUGGCUGCACAAAGUAAAGUCAUUCUCCCUAAUAACUCUCAACGUGAUAUGUACCAGCCAGAUAGAUAUAAACAACCUCCAGAGUUUUGUCGACCACAGAUGAUAAAUCAAGAGAAGUAUGCAAUGGCAGGAGGCUAUGGACAUCAGCAAACCCAAGGAGAUCGCAAUCAGUAUUUCCGAAGUGCUCAAGGGUUGGGACCUAAUCAUCAAGGAUGGCCACGGGAAAACCAGUAUCAUCAAUAUUCCUCGUCAAGUCACCAUUACUCGCAUAGGGAAGUUUGGCAAGGUGGUUCUAAUUCUUGGGGAAUGUCACGCUUCGGCCAUCAGGGGGAACCAUUCCCUCCACAAUCUGUUGUUAUGGCAGGCAAAACACCACACAGCUCUGACAGAAUGUUUUCUUCAACUAACAAAAUCCAGCCCCCUGCUGGGAUGAUCCAUGGUUCAUUGUAUACUCAGCCAAGAAAAGAAAUAAUUUUUCCUCCGGACACAGUAGAAGGUGUGGCACCACUGCUUACAAAGCGGAAGAAGUUAACAUUCAAGGAUGUAAGCCCAGUAGAGGCAUGGCGUCUCAUGAUGUCCUUGAAGUCUGGAUUGUUGGCCGAAAGUACUUGGUCUCUGGAUGUCUUGUCUGUACUUCUAUAUGAUGAUAUCUCUGUGCUGUACUUUGGACUAAGCCAUCUACCAGGAUUAUUAGAGGUGCUUCUGGAACAUUACAGACGCUGUCUUAAUCUUAUAUUUGGUCUUACUGAUGAUCUAGAGAUUGGCUUUGAGGACUGGAGUCAGAAGACUGAAGAGCUUCUUGGUAGCGAAGCAAAUCAAGUAGAAAAGCUGUGGUUUAAACUACAGAAAGAUGUUUUUGAUAAAAGUAGUGACUUGGAUACGAGUUCUUUCAACAGCAUUGAUCAAAAUGAUAAAACUGUGCUAUUCAAAAGUAUAAAUUAUACCAAGAGGACAAAAUGGGGUAAGACUGUUGGUGUGAAACAGUCUGAAUCUUUGUUUCUUAUUGACCCAGACAAAAAAUGGGAUGUGCAUGAAAAAUUUGACAGUGGUUUGGAACAUUGGCAGCUUGGAGGUGGCGAUUCAAGUCAACAUAUUCAGACUAACUUUGAAAACAUGGAAACUUUUGUCAAGUAUGCAAGAAUACUAGAAGACUCUAAACCUAACGAAAAUGAAUUCAAGGAGCAAGUUGAAGUGGUUGAUAACCCAGUUGACGUAAAACAGGGUGAAUUGGACUAUAAAAUGAAACCUGUGAUAAAAUCAGAAGAUGAGAGCCAACCAGAUGAAAAUAAAUUUAAAGAUAGAGAAGACUGUUGUAAAUCACCAAAGAUGGAGAAAGAGGCUUUAGAGGUGAAAGGAGAAUUAGAAAAGAGCACAAGUAAUGAAAAUGUAGAAACUGUUGAUAGUUCUGCAAAUAAACAAGUAGAAAGAGGAACAUCUAGCAAGGACAAUUUUCUUAGAAUCAGAACACCACCUUCUGCACGGAAACGUCCAAAAGACGGCGAUCUAGAGGAAGAAACUUGCACUCGUGAUGUGCCCUCCCUUUGUGUAAUUAGUGAUGGUCAAGACAGCUUAGCCAGACGUUGUCUUUGCCUAUCAACUUUAAUUUAUAAUCUUUCUUUUGUGCCAGGUAAUGAUACAGAGAUGUCCAAACAUCCUGGUCUUCUUUUGGUGCUGGGAAGGCUGUUGCUUCUGCACCAUGUACAUUCUCCUCGUAAACCUCCUCAGCGUUACUAUGAUCGGGAAGAAGACGUUGACAACAUGAUCAAAGAUGAUUCUUGUAGUAGUUUGAAUGGGGACCAGGAGUGGUGGUGGGAUACUCUGCAUAUACUGCGGGAAAACACCCUAAUUACACUUGCAAACAUAGCUGGGCAGUUGGACUUGGCUUUUUUUCCAGAGGAAGUCAGCCUUCCAAUAUUGAAUGGACUGCUCCAUUGGGCAGUAUGUCCUUCCUCUUAUGCCCAAGAUCCUUUGCCAAGUCAGCCUUCCCACUCCGUCCUUUCUCCACAGCGGCUAGCCCUUGAGACAAUGUGUAAACUGUCCAUAAACGACAACAAUGUGGACUUACUAUUGGCUACUCCACCAUGGAGCCGGAUAGAGAAGCUCUUUUCUUACUUGGUCAGGUCUAUGAAUCGACGAGAAGACCAAGUUUUACGAGAGUUCAGUGUGGUUCUGCUGUCCAACUUUGCCCAAGCAGAAACUAGUAUAGCCAGAGCCAUUGCGAAUCAGGAAAUGUGUGUGUCCCAUUUGAUUACUUUUGUGGAACAGGCUGAACAGAGUGCACUUCAGGUGGCCAACAUGCAGGGGAUUAAUGCCCUGCGUAAGAAUCCAGAGUUGAUGGGAACAACUCUAGAUAUGGUCCGCAGAGCAGCCUCCACGCUCCGAUGUCUGUCGCAAGUGCCAGAAAACCAGCCUUUCUUCUCAAAGCACCAACCACGUCUGUUAAAUCUGGUGAUGUCACAGAUCUUGGAUCAGGGUGUAGCCUCCAUUGUGGCAGAUGUUUUAUAUCAAUGCUCUUCAGUCAACUACAAACCUUGUUCUGAGACUUCUACCCAUACAGAGAGACUUCUGGCAACGUAGCUGAUCUUUGGGUAAUCACUGGUAAUUAAAGGCCUUGUGUCAGCUGGGCAUUGUUAUCUACAAGUGCAAUGACACUGCUGUGUUAAUCAGCAAAAGGAGUAAGCCUUAGAAAGACUUUUACAAAGUUUUCUUCAAGCUUUACUUAUGGCACAGCAUAUUCCAAACAAUAAGAAGAAAGGCCAACAAACUGAUGGCCAACCAAGGGGAGGCUGGGAACUUGUAUUUAUUAUCAAAUUUUGGGCUGGAGACUCGCACAGAGAUCCCUGUAGAUGGAGUAUGGUGUGUGUGUUUGUGUGUCUUAGAAUAACUGUCCGCUGCUAACCCCCUAGUAAGGGGCAGUAGUGCUUCGAGCCACUGUCCACAGUGGUCUUGUGAUCCAGAUACCAAGAAAUAGUUACCUCAAUAGUUGGUGGUCACAUUUUCCCUCCAGUGACUCAACCACAGACAACAUUGGAUAGCUAGCAGCUUUGCUUCACAUUAAAGCACAAAUCAUGGUACACACCAAGUCUUGUGCUGCUACAGGUUGUUCCUCAUUUGUGUUACAUGUUGGAUGGGUUUGUGAAUUCUCUGGCAGAUGGAGCUUCUAAUCCUGUUGGCAAAAGGAAGUAUACAUUGCCAUAAGUUGUAUUUAGUUUUUUUAUUAUUAUUAUUAUUAAUUUCAAAAUGCUAUCCUAGUUAUUGUAAAGAGUGGUCUGUUAUGAAAGGUUUUAGUGAUGAGAACAUCAGACUUCAAUAGAUCAGGACUAAGAACCCGAUUGAAGAUCCUAGCUAACGUGAAAAAUAUAUCAGUAAGAAAUAAAAGAACAACUUUUUUCUUGCGUACAUCAACUUGCUCAGAAUGUGUAGUCAUAUGAACCUGAUGGUAAAAAGGUGACUUGUGUGUCUGGUGGUGUUUUAGUCUGAUGUUUCCUUUUUUUUUUUUUCAUAUGAAUUCCUGGUCACUCAUUAAUGAUUUGUCUCGUAUAGAAUUUUUAAUUUCAAUCUUCUUCCCCAUUUGUUUGGUAUUGAAGCAUUCAGAAGCUUUAUACUCUGUAUAUGUACGAAGAUAAAUCACAAUUAAAUGUACAGCAACUUC